CAGACAUAGAUGGUAUUAGGAGACGAAAAGGUCCAAAUGAAGAAGAGGACUAUAACUUGACUCCAGAACUUCCAAUCAAAUCAGGUGCUGAACAAGAGGAAAACAAGUCUAAAGAGCCGGGUAAGAAAAAAAGCUUGUCAGAUUGAAUUAUUAAAUAAUCAUUUAAAUAUUCUGGCUUGUUCCGCAAGCCAACUGAAUUGCUUUCCCACAAAAAAGAUUCGCCCUGAGCGGAAUUCUGCCUUCAGACACACAGCAGGAGAGGGGCAAGUGAUAAACAGAUAUAAAUUAUAUAAUUUUAUAUCAACCAAUCACCAAUGUUUAUUAAAUUCAUUCCUUAUCAUUGCAAAUCAUCAUGUGUCCUGUAUAAUUUAUUAUUUUUGAGAGCCUGCAAGGAGGUUGAAUAGGAAAUUGAUAAAACAUGUGUAGCUCAAGCGUACCUAUCUUUGAUAUCACUGCUGGGCAUAGUUGUGCUAAUUAAUAAUGUGCUUAAAUAUCUCUACUUAUUUAUAGAUAUGAGCCAGGUUAAAAAGCCAACGGAGAAAAGGAAACUGCCUUCGCCUCCCAUUAGGAUACAUCAUGGCAAGCAGGACAGAAGUGGGAAGAAAGAGGACAAAAAUGGAAGGAAGGAAAACCAAAGUGCCGGGAAAAAGAACGCAAAUGGCAGGGUAGAGAAUCGUGGACAAGCGAAGACUGGAGUAAACAAGACGGCUCGGCAACUCAUACAGGAGUUUGAGGAGCGGAGAUCUCGAGACAAACGCAAACAAAUUAUUUCUGAGUCAGAUUCUCUAAGUAGUAGCGACGAUGAUGAAGAGGUAAGGAGAAGACACAAAAAGCGCGUCAUUCGAAAAAAAAAGAAAGGAGCCGGUCCAGGAAAGGAAGCCCGUCAAAGAAAAAGGAUCUGUUUCCCAUGGAUGAAGGACGUCAGUUGCAUAGUAUUAAAGCACUGUGUAAAGUGCAUUUUCUUGUCUUUAUGAUUUUAACACCUCUAUACAAAGAACACAAUUAUAAAGUAAGGAGUGUUGUCGCACUUGCAUAAUCAACAGGGCCCAUGUAAUUCCAGGCAUCCCAUGAUCCAAAAAUCCAUUUGUUCACCCAUAAUGAAAAGCUAAAAUUCAUGUACGACAAGCAGGACUUUGAAAAUCUCCAAGUGUAUGUAAUAUUUUUCAAUUCUUUUUUCAAAUGGAAUAUCAAUUAUUUUAAUGAACUUUUAAAAAGUUUUCAAAGUCAGAUUUCUAUUAAAUUUAUGGUUCCAUUUCAUCUAGAACAUUUUAAUAGUCAU